AAGGAUGAAUAAGCGACUAAUUCAAUUCGGAAGCCCUACCCGGACGGAGCUCGGUGUCGCAGGUAUGGUUUAUAGGUUGGUCAUAGCAUCACGGACGGGCGCACCCAUCCUUCAACGGAAUUGGCUCGGCCUCUUCCGCUGUAGUAGUAAGGUAUGAGCCUACAAGCCUCACCGGUUGACCAUUGCAUCUUUCACCGCCGGAUUUUUUUGGGCGAUAGAGCCGAGAUACAUCGCGCUCCAUCGUCGACGGCUUUGAUGUGUGUCACGAUUGUGACAGGCAUAUCCUUAGGUAACAACCUGGGAAUAGUGCUCUAAAAAACUGGGUGGUGGGCUUCACAGGGCAUGUUGUCAUACCUCCGAGAGCUUCGGCGUUACUUACCUAGCAAGUAUGCAGUAGGGGUUCCAAAUGGUAUCCAUAAUGAUGAGGGGAUUAUCGUAUCCAUUGAGGGGGAGAAGAAGAGGAGAGGUUGAAUGCCUUGAGGAUUUCGAUAUAAAGGGCAUAUAAACUUCCCUUCUCUUGAACAAUUCAUGAACCACAUCCGAAAGGCUAUUUGGGCCCUCGAGUAAACUUAGAACUCAACUUCUUCCCAUUUCGCACACUUGUAUAUCGUUAGUUUUCAAGGAUAUAUAUCGUUCGAGAUGAAAUACGCGAGUAGCCUCACAGCCGUUGGGCUGUUUCACCUGGUAGUUGGUCUCCCUACACCACAAAUGAUAUAUGAAGAGAACCAGGGAAACGUCGGCGGCGUUGAUCCACCAAUUCCCACCUAUUCAGGCGCACCUAUAGGCGACCUACGCGGAUCGACGAAUUUACAAGGCGGCAUCGCAUCACGGCCGCCAGUUUCCGGGGGUGACUCGGCCGUCGUGCCGGACCCAGAACUAGUUAACGGCCAGGAAGCCGACGCCGACCUAGGUCUGUACCUGGACUUCGAGAACGCCACCUACCCCAACGGCCCGCAGCCCAUCCGCGGCGGGAAAGGAGGAACAGAUCCGGGUCCGCGCACGUACGAGUACGAGAAGCUGAACCCAGAUGUCUACGCCCCUCCCUCGACGGACACGGGCACCGUGCCCCAGGCCAUGUGGCCCCUCGGCUUGAGCCACAACUUGUUCGGCUCGGGCGAGGAGUCCGGCUGGGCGCGGCAGCAGAACCAGGAUGUGCUGCCUGUAUCUAGCGCGAUGGCGGGCGUGGAUAUGCGGCUUGCGCCGAAUGCGUAUCGAGAGCUGCAUUGGCAUACCUCCGGUGAAUGGGGGUUGAUCUUGAAGGGCUCGGUGCGCGUUGCGGCGAUCGACGAGGACGGCGCCUCCUUCGUCGACGACGUCACGGCGGGAGACGUGUGGUUCUUCCCGCAGGGCGUGCCUCACAGCUUGCAGGCCCUGCACGAAGGGGCCGAGUUCUUGCUGAUCUUCGACAGCGGCACUUUCUCCGAGACGGAUACCUUCCUCGCCACCGAGAUGCUAAUGCGCACUCCUAUCUCCGUCUGGGCUAAGGAUUUGCAGACCGAUGUUAGCUCGUUCGACGACAUCCCUGAUGCGGAGAAAUAUAUUUUCAAUGGCACGCCCGUCCCGGCCAACAUCUCGGAGCAGAACAUCACGUCUUCGGCCGGCGCCUUGUGGGGGCCCACGGGGUACACGUACCACUGGUCGCAGCAGGAAUUCCACAACACGACGGGCGGGUCCGUCAAGAUCCUCGACCCGCAAACCUUUCCCGUGGCGGACAUGUUCUCGGCGGCGCUGGUCGUGCUGGAGCCGGGCGCGAUGCGGGAGGUGCACUGGCACACGUCGAGCGACGAGUGGUCGUACUUCCUGCAGGGGUCGGCGCGCAUCACGGUGUACGCGGCGCCGGCGUCCUCGCAGACCUUCGACUUCACCGCCGGCGACGUCGGCUACAUCCAGAAGUCCAACGGGCACUACGUCGAGAACACCGGCACCGACGACGUCAUCUUCCUUGAGGUUCUGCAGGCCACCAAGUUCUCCGACAUCAGCGCCGCCCAGUGGCUCGCCCUGACCCCGCGCCAGGUCGUCAAGGAUACCCUGAACCUGUCCGACGAGGUCCUCGACGCCAUACCCAAGGAUAAGACCCUAAUCAAGCCGGGGAACUCAAACAUGACUGCUAUCGCUGGUGGCGGUCAGAAUUUUUAAGGCGGGAAGACUGAGCUUUGCAAUGGGAAAUGAGCCUCUAGAGGAAGGGGGACAAGAUUUAAUGAGGACAGUUGACUUUUAGACGUUGAGAAAGACGGCAAUCAUUGUCAUAUAGAGGCUAGGGUUCCAAAUGUUGUCUUGUUAGCGUUGUAUCC